CACAGCGACAUCAAUGACAGCGAGAAGAGCUGGUCGGGGCGUCUCGGAGAUGAGUGGGUCGUCCGCGCAAGAGCAUUCCUCUGGUUUAAGGAGCUAUCACAGCCCCGGCAGCUGUCUGUUGUGCUUUGCGACUGCUUUUGGAGUAGCUAGGUAAGUUUGCACCCGCAACGCUUCCAGGCGAAAUCUCGAGGAGCCACGAACAAGUUAUUCAUCCAUCGGCACGAUGAUGAUCAGCCCUUGAAAGAGGCUCGAAGACGCGACACUUCGCCCCUCGAGACCGACACGCGUCCCGACUCCCCGGCGCGGGCUCUCUGUCCGCGUUUCGCGUCCGCGUUAAGAUCAGUCGCACGAUUCUGGUUUAGGUCUUCAAAAACUCCCCCCUCCCCUGAGGCCAGGAUGAAGACUUGCUGUCUGCUGCUGUUCCUCUUGGCGGGACAGCUCUCCGUCACCACCGAGCAGCAGGUCUCUCCGGACGGCCCCCCUCGGCCGGACUCCCCCACGGCGACUCAGAGACACGGGCUGAUCGAGAGGGACGUCGGGGGCCCCGUCCGGCGCAACGCCUCCAUGCCGCGCCGGCGGCUGCCGCCCAUGUGCGCGGGCCCCACCGAGAUAAGAGACACGUUCAAGUACAUCAACACGGUGGUGUCCUGCCUGGUGUUCGUGGUGGGCAUCACCGGCAACUCCACUCUGCUGAGGAUCAUCUACAAGAACAAGUGCAUGCGCAACGGGCCCAAUAUCCUCAUCGGCAGCUUGGCGCUCGGAGACCUGUUGCACAUCAUCAUCGGCAUUCCCAUCAACGUGUACAAGCUGCUGGCAGAGGAUUGGCCAUUCGGGGUGGGUCUGUGUAAGCUGGUGCCAUUUGUUCAGAAAGCCUCGGUCGGAAUCACGGUGCUGAGUCUGUGUGCUCUGAGCAUUGACAGGUACCGUGCUGUGGCCUCGUGGAGCCGGAUCAAGGGGAUCGGUGUUCCCAAGUGGAUGGCCAUUGAGAUUGCGCUCAUCUGGAUCUUGUCAAUCACCCUGGCCGUGCCAGAGGCCUUGGCCUUUGACAUGAUCACCAUGGACUACAAGGGAGAACACCUCAGGAUCUGCCUCCUGCACCCCAUGCAAAAAAAUGAUUUUAUGAGGUUCUACAAGUCAGCCAAGGACUGGUGGCUGUUCAGCGUCUAUUUCUGCUUGCCUUUGGCCUGCACUGCCAUUUUCUAUACCCUGAUGACCUGCGAGAUGCUGAGAAAAAAGAAUGGGGUCCAGAUCGCCCUCAGUGACCACCUCAAACAGCGGAGGGAGGUGGCCAAAACAGUGUUCUGUCUGGUUCUGGUCUUUGCUCUGUGCUGGCUGCCUCUUCACCUCAGUCGCAUCCUGAAGCUCACCAUCUAUGAUGAGAAGGACCCUAAUCGGUGUGAACUGCUGAGUUUCUUCUUGGUCUUGGACUACAUCGGCAUCAACAUGGCGUCUGUCAACUCCUGCAUCAACCCCAUCGCCCUCUACAUGGUCAGCAAGCGUUUCAAGAGCUGCUUCAGGUCAUGUCUCUGCUGCUGGUGCCUCCCCGCCGAGAUGCUGAUGGAUGAGAAGCAGUCGUGCAUGAAGCUCAAAGUCACUGAGAGAGCCUCCGACCAAAGCAACUCCCGUAUCACCAACAAGUCCACUACUGCGUGAGAGCGGGGCCUUUUUAAAAAAAAUGGGCCUAAAUGUUAUAAAAACAAAGAUAAUGUCCACACACACUCUCACACACACACACACACAUAUGCACACACACACACAUGCACACACACAAUAUAUUGAAGUGUAGAUGACUGACAGAUGUAAUAUCUACUCUUGGACAGCCUUUUCUGAA